AAAAAUGUUGCCGAGACAUUCAACAAUAUUUAAUAAACGAGGAGUUGCCAAAUUUUUAUUUCGAACAUUGGCUACUGGACAAGAAUCAGAUUUGGUUGUUAUCGGUUCUGGCCCAGGCGGAUAUGUUGCCGCGAUAAAAGCUGCUCAAUUGGGAAUGAAGACAGUUUGUGUUGAAAAGAAUGAAACUUUGGGGGGUACUUGUUUGAAUGUUGGUUGUAUUCCUUCCAAAGCAUUACUCAAUAAUUCUCAUUUUUAUCAUAUGGCUAAACAUGGGGAUUUAAAUUCUCGAGGAGUUGAGGUUACCACAACACUUAAUUUGGAUCAAAUGAUGAAAGCUAAACUCACAUCUGUCAAAGCUCUAACAAGUGGAAUUGCUUCCUUAUUUAAAGCGAAUAAAGUUGAACAUAUUAAAGGAAUUGGAACUAUAACAGGGGAAAAUGAGGUAACAGUAAAAAAGUCAGAUGGAUCUGUCGAGGUUGUCAAAACAAAAAGAAUUUUAAUUGCCAGUGGUUCUGAAGUUACGCCAUUCCCAGGGAUUGAUAUUGACGAGGAACAAAUUGUUUCUUCUACAGGAGCCCUCUCACUCAAAAAAGUUCCCGAAAAGAUUGUUGUGAUUGGAGCUGGGGUUAUUGGACUUGAACUGGGAAGUGUAUGGCAAAGAUUGGGAUCACAAGUAACAGCAGUAGAGUUUAUGGAUAGUGUCGGAGGUGUAGGAAUUGAUGGAGAAGUUUCAAAAAAUUUUCAACGUUUUCUUAAAAAGCAAGGAUUUAAUUUUCUUUUGGGAACUAAAGUUGUUAGUGCUACAAAAGAAGGAAAUGGGAAAAUAAAAGUGAAUGUGCAAGGAGUGAAGGAUGGAAAGGAACAAACGCUUGAUUGUGACGUUUUGUUAGUUUGUAUAGGCAGACGGCCUUUCACAACUUCUCUUGGAUUAGAAAAUGUAAAAUUAAAUUUGGACGAUAAAGGACGUGUUCAAGUAAAUGAUAAUUUCCAAACUGAUGUCCCUUCAAUUUAUGCAAUUGGUGAUGUAAUUAAAGGGCCGAUGUUGGCACAUAAAGCGGAGGAUGAAGGAAUUGUGGCGGUUGAGGGUAUGGCUGGUGGACCUGUUCAUAUGAAUUAUGAUGCAAUCCCUUCUGUUGUUUAUACACAUCCUGAGGUUGCUUGGGUAGGAAAAUCUGAAGAGCAGCUUAAACAAGAGGGAGUUUCUUACAAAAUCGGUAAAUUUCCCUUUAUCGCCAAUUCUCGUGCAAAGACAAAUAAUGAUGUUGAAGGUUUUGUUAAAGUUUUGGGAGAGAAGGAUACUGAUCGACUUUUGGGUGUUCAUAUUAUUGGGCCGAAUGCAGGUGAAAUGAUUGCUGAGGCUACUUUAGCUUUAGAAUAUGGAGCAUCAUGUGAAGAUAUUGCUAGAGUUUGUCAUCCACAUCCGACCCUCUCCGAAGCAUUCCGUGAAGCUAAUUUGGCUGCUUAUUGUGGCAAACCAAUAAAUAGUAUUUGA